GAGGUUGCGACUGACCCCCUUUAACUGCAAGCACGCUCCUGGAAAGAGCGCGGAUGAAUUGAUAUCUCUGCCUAGCGCCUCAAGCGAGUCAGCCAACCGGACUGCGAGGGAUAAAGGUGGUUCUGAAUCGCUUCAAGAAGCGGAUGAACUUUAAAAGUCGUACUGCCGCUAAGGCAAUGUAAAAAGGCGAAGUUGUAUGGCAACCAUUUUGAUUAAGGGAGCAGGGGCUUUAAACAGUGCCAGAAGCUCUAGAGCCCACCUAUAUAACCCAACUACUCAGUCAUCCGUCUUGCCCCUUUUACAGUUGGUGGACUGUUUUCAGCUGCAAUUAUGACUGUUUUAGCGGUUCGUCGUUUUAAAACCGGGCGUCGUGCACCGACGUAUCGGGUAGUAAAGCCGUGAGCAGACAUCUUUAUUAACGUCAGUAGCAAGCAUCCUGACUCCAGUUUAUUGGUUGCUGCAGCGAGCUCGGGAAUGCCAUUUUGACCAAUCGCCUUGCGACGCCUUCCACUCUUCAGCCAUCUUAACAUCGGGCAUUCUUCGACAGCCGAAGACUCUGACGAAGCCACUAGCGACUCUUUUGGUUGAGGGCGGAAGUAAAGGCCGCGUCCCGCCGACCACACCCACAGGUUCUUCAUUCACGUGGAAGCGGCGUUCAGGAUGCUGCGCCGCGAGGCUCGCCUGCGCCGCGAAUACCUGUACCGAAAGGCCCGCGAGGACGCCCAGCGAUCUGCCCAGGAGAAGAAGGAGAAAGUUCGGCGAGCGCUCGAAGAAAACCGCCUGAUUCCCACUGAGUUACGCCGGGAGGCUUUGGCCUUACAGGGGUCCCUGGAGUUUGAUGAUGCCGGUGGUGAAGGUGUGACCAGUCAUGUAGAUGAUGAAUAUCGAUGGGCUGGGGUUGAGGACCCCAAGGUCAUGAUCACUACCUCCCGGGAUCCCAGUUCCCGCCUGAAGAUGUUUGCAAAGGAGCUAAAACUUGUGUUCCCGGGUGCUCAACGCAUGAAUCGAGGCCGACAUGAGGUGGGGGCACUAGUACGAGCCUGUAAAGCCAAUGGGGUCACCGACCUCCUGGUUGUCCAUGAGCACCGAGGCACACCUGUGGGGCUUAUCAUAAGCCACCUGCCAUUUGGCCCUACUGCAUACUUCACACUGUGCAAUGUGGUUAUGAGACAUGACAUCCCUGACCUGGACACUGUGUCAGAGGCCAAACCUCACCUCAUCACACAUGGCUUCACCUCUCGACUGGGCAAGCGGGUUUCGGACAUCCUCCGGUACCUGUUCCCUGUGCCCAAAGAUGACAGCCACCGGGUCAUCACCUUUGCAAACCAGGAUGAUUACAUCUCAUUCCGGCACCACAUUUACAAGAAGGUGGACCAUCGCAAUGUGGAGCUGACUGAGGUUGGGCCUCGAUUUGAGCUGAAGUUGUAUAUGAUUCGCCUGGGCACGCUGGAGCAGGAGGCCACAGCAGAUGUGGAGUGGCGCUGGCACCCUUAUACCAACACUGCACGCAAGAGAGUCUUCCUGAGCACCGAGUGAGCAAGCUCUCCAGUCAGGAUAUAGACUUGGAACCUGGGAGAGGGGUUUGUUCCAGACGGGCCCUUAAGAUCAGGUGUGGGACUAUGGUGGGCUGGAGGGUCCAAAAUAAACUUUGUAUCACACCUCCCGCCUAUCUCUGACUAGUCAGGAUGGGCAUGCUGUCAGGCUAAGCCUGAAAGGUAAAGCCCUUGGAAUCUCCUUGGGUAGGGGAUCUGAUGGUUGUUGGAUGGACUCAGGCUUUAUAUCAACAAGGGGGUUAACAUGAUCUUGUCUGGGUUGUUGGGUGUGGCUAUCUCCUUGGAAGUUGGGCUCUGUGAGUGCUAUAGAAUGGUAGCUGAGUAAGACAUUGUCACUGGUGACAAACUCCGUGUGAGCAUUGAACCUGACUUAGAGGGCCUAGGCUGGGCUCAGUGUUAAACAGGAUCCUCUCCCCUGCCCCAUUCAGGUGGGUGCAUCUUCCCUCCAUUGACUGGAAACAGUGAUACCAAUGGGCCACUUCCAGUUCUCCCAUGGGAAGGUUAUCAAGUGUCACAUGGGGAGGGUCAGUGCAGUGCUGGGAGGUAAGGUUUCCUCAUUGGCUUCUCCCAGUUUAUGAUCUCUCUGUGCCCCCAUUCCCUUUCUGUACCCAAGGGCCCUGAUUUUAAGCAGCCUUGUCAAGAUCCUGCAGAAUGCACUUGAGUUUAAUGGGAGGAGAGGAAUAACAAUAAGAAAUUUCUCAGGCAGGUGGGAGGAGGCCUGUGAGGAAAUAUGGGAAAUAUGUCAGGCAGAGCAGGACAAAAGAUGGGGGUGUGGUUCUUCAUGACUUUCCUAAAAGCUGAGUGAUGGGGUGAGGUAGCAGACACUAUCUGAAUGACUGUACCAAGGCCCUGACACAAAGUGAGAAAGGGGACCUCAGAAGUGGGGGUGCGGUACCAACUUAGGCCAGUGUUUGGGACAAGACUGAUGGGACCUUGAGGGACCCCUGCAGCUUAGCCUCACUUACAGAAUCCAAUUCCUUCUACCAGACCUCUGCCACUUUGCCACAGCUUCACUGCAUCCUGAGGAAUAUGUCAUUGAGUUUUGUCAGUUGUAGAGAUUGCAAAACACAUAGAAGAGUAGAAUAAUGUGUUGUCCUGUGUUCAUUUUCUUUGGCUGCCAUGACAAAAUACGACAAACCAGGUGGCUUAAACAACAGAAAAUUAUUCCCUCACAAUUCUGAAGGCCAAAGUCCAAGAUCAAAGUGUCAACUUCCUCCAAGACUCUAGCAGGGGUUCUAAGGGAAUGGCGGGGAUCCUUUACUUGUUCUUUAGCUUCUGGUGGUUGCCAAGCAAUCCUUGGCAUGUGGCUGCAUCACUUCAUUGUUAGCCAUCAUCUUCACAUGCUUUCUCCUUUUUCUUUGUCAAGUCUCUGUCUCUCUAAUAAGGACCUAUGUCAUGGGUUUAGAGGCCAAGGGAUGAUCUGGGUUAAUAUCUGCAUUUCAAGAUUCUACACUUAAUUACAUCUGCAAAGACUCUUUAAAAAUACAAUCAUAUUAACAGGUUCUAGGAAUUAGGAUGUGGGAUAUUUUUUGUGGUGCUGGCCACCAUGCUACCAUUGCAUGUCCCCAUAAUUCAUCUGUAAUGGUUUUCAACUUUGGACCCUUCCCUAGCCCACACCUAACAGCCAUCCCAGGUCUGUCCAAGGAUACCUCCUGCUGUGGCUCCAUCCACUCCAGUUUCCCCAAUACAAGGCAGGUUUUUUUCUCCUUCCCACAUUUUUUAUUGGUACAUUUUAAUUGUGCAUAAUAAUGGGAUUUUUUGUUAUAUAUUUCUGCAUGCACAUGGUAUAACAAUGCAAUUUGGCCAGUAUCACUUCCCAGCCCUUUCUUCCCUCCCUUCUUUCCCUACCACCCCCGGUUGCUUUUCCUCUACAUUUCCCUCUGAUUUUCAUGAGAUCUGCCCCCAUCUUUCUUCUCCUUUUUCCUGUCUUGCUUCCACAUCUGGGAGAAAACAUCCAACUCUUCAUUUUCUGAGUUUGGCUUAUUUCGCUUACAUGAUGGUCUCUAGUUCUGUCCAUUUUACUGCAAAUCACAUAAUUUUAUUUUUCUUUACAGUUGA